AAAGCUGCAGCUGGCGCCCUGUGACCAACAUGAAGUUACUUCAUCAGUGAGAGACGCUAUUAAUGGUAUAAAUUCAGGUGUUUUUUUUUAAAGCGGGUGAAAGAAAAGCCAAGUAUACCCCACCAUAUUUAGAUGCUGCAUGUUUGUGUUCAUCUUCCAGAUGGUACAAAAUGUACUCGAGUCCGUUUUUGGGACCUUAUCCAGCUUCAACGAGAUCCAGCUGCGCGUGUCGAACCUGGAGGCCGCCGCGUGCUGGCCGCUAGGGGGCGGUAACCUCCACUCAGCGCUGGAAAAAGACGACGAGGAAGAAAACCCCGGAAGUCGGCGGUGUUUUUUUUUCCGGUUGCUCCACAUGUAUCGUGUACGCGUGUUGUUUAAUGUUAGGAGAGACAUAUUAAAGCCGUGAAACCGAGAAAUGAAAAAGUGGAUAAGUCUGACAGCUCGUUAAAGCUGAACGUGCCUGUGGUUUGAUUGCUGCUCAUCAGACUCUGUUAGAAGAUGCUGAGUGAUUCUGAGGCCGAGGAGCUGCUCAGCUUCUUGAGCCCCGACACGCGACCUGAUGUCAAAGGUCACACCACGGGGUACAUCCUGGGACUGUCUGGACACAGGGACGGCUGCCGCUUCCUGCGCUCUAAGCCAGACUUACUGGUCGCUCUGUUUGCUCUGACGUCCGACCCCUCUAUUGCCAUCGUGAAGGACUGCUACCACAUCUUCAUCAACCUGUCGGCUGACGAGACUCUGCACCAGGUUCUGGUGGCUGAUGUCAACGUUCUUCCAGUGUUGUUGAAGCGGCUCCUGGAUCCAGAGUACCUGUUCUCUGAUCAGAUCUGCACCAUCCUGUCCAACCUGACCCGCCUCAUCAAGACCUGCAAGACCGUGUUCAAGGUCCUCCAGGAGGAGGUGGGUCUGGCUCAGGUGGUGGACAUCUUCUGCACCGAAGGCUACAACAAGAAGGCCAAGCUCCACUACCUGAGUCCACUGCUGUCCAACCUGACGCAGCUGCCCGAGGCCAGAAGCUACAUGAUGGACAAGGACAGGUGUGUAAUCCAGAGGUUGUUUCCCUUCACUCAGUACCAGGCGUCGGUGGUGAGGAGAGGAGGAGUCAUAGGGACGCUGCGCAACUGUUGCUUUGACCACGCCCAUCACGAGUGGUUGCUAAGCGACGCCGUGGACGUCCUGCCCUUCCUGCUGCUGCCGCUGGCCGGUCCGGAGGAGCUGACGGAGGAAGAGAACGAAGGUCUACCUGUGGACCUGCAGUACCUCCCCGAGGACAAGAAGAGGGAAGACGACCCCGACAUCAGAAAGAUGUUGCUGGAAACACUUCUACUGCUGACGGCGACCCGAGCCGGCCGGGACACGCUGACGGACAAGAAGGUUUAUCCGAUCAUGAGAGAGUUCCACCGCUGGGAGAAGGACGUCCAGGUGACGGCAGCCUGUGAGAAGCUGGUCCAGGUGCUGAUCGGAGACGAGCCGGAGCAGGGGAUGGAGAACCUGAUGGAGGUGGACAUCCCUGAGGACGUGGAGGGGAAACUGAAGGAGGCGGACGCCAAAGAACAGCAGGAGCUGGAGAAGAUAAUACAGGAGGAGGAGGAGGAGGAGGAGGAGGAGAGGAGGAAGAAGAAGAAGAAGAAGAGUGAUGCAGAGGAGGCAGACAAAGGACAGGAGAGUGGACUGAUACGGUAAAGCCUGUUUCGGCUGCAUCCGUUUUUUUAAGUGAUGGCUUUUUGUCAUUCGGACAGUUAAUUAUAUAGUUUAUUAUUCCGACGCGACGGGACGAGGCUCUGUGGCGUCGGCCGGCACAGGAAGUGACAUCACGGCCGAGGGUGAAAAGAGGAGUGUUUCCUGUCUCUCACGGGCUGCGUCUAAAGUUUGGAGCCCGAGGGAUAAUCUGUGCUGCAUCAUCCUCUUCGUCUCCUGAAGUUUACUGAUGGUCACGGUUGUUGUUGUUGUUGUUGUUGUUGUUGUUGUUUGGCUCCCUGUGUCCAAUACCACAAGGAGGCAAAAAAUGUAGAAAUGCAACAACAAAAACCGACUCAUUUAACGCUUUUACUGAUUUGUAUUAUUAUUUUAAAUAACAGAUUAUGAAUGACACAUUUAUCUCAAGCUGAACAAGUGUUUAAAAAAAAAAAAAAAAAAAAACCUGAAUGACGACAUGAAUUUAACGUGAAAGUGACAACGUAACGAGGAGCAUUCUGACCGGCUCACUCUCCGGUGGGAUUGUUCACUCUUCAGCUCACUCUUAAUAAACACUUGUUUGACUGCA